AACACACCCAGUGACACAAGUGAGGUUUGAAGAAAAAAAAAAAGUUUCAACUGUAAGUGUGCAGUGGAGGAACAAGAGGGCCGAAAGGUCCUUGUGGGAUUUCUUUCGCUCGACCUCGGUUUUCGACGCCGGAGUGUGGCGUUCAGUUCAGUUUGAAGUGAAGCUCGGAGUACAGAAGAGGAGACGAGGAUGUCAACUUCAGACGAGGCAGACGGGCCGCGGCCGAGAUAUGGCUCUGUCCUGGACGGUGUGGAGCGACUCACGGCGGAGGAGAUGGACGAGAGGCGACAGCAGAACAUGGCCUAUGAGUAUUUGUGUCAUCUCGAAGAGGCAAAAAGAUGGAUGGAAGCGUGUUUGGAUGAAGAGUUACCACCUACAACUGAGCUGGAGGAGGGCCUGCGCAAUGGAGUUUACCUUGCCAAACUCGGCAACUUUUUUGCUCCACGCACCGUCUCCCUUAAGAAAAUCUACGACCGCGAGCAGACACGUUACAAGGCGACAGGGCUGCAUUUUAGACACACUGAUAAUGUCAUCCAGUGGCUCAAUGCCAUGUCUGAGAAAGGGCUGCCAAAGAUCUUCUACCCCGAGACUACAGACAUAUAUGACAGAAAGAACAUGCCACGCUGCAUUUACUGCAUACAUGCACUAAGCCUCUACCUGUUCAAGCUGGGUCUUGCACCGCAGAUACAGGAUCUCUAUGGGAAAGUAGAUUUUACUGAGGAGGAGAUCAACAACAUGAAGAGCGAGCUGGAAAAGUAUGGUAUCCAGAUGCCUGCCUUCAGCAAGAUUGGUGGAAUCCUGGCCAAUGAGCUCUCAGUGGAUGAAGCUGCAUUACACGCUGCUGUGAUCGCCAUCAACGAGGCUAUAGACCAGGGCGUCCCAGAGGGCACACUGACUGCCAUGCAAAACCCCAAUGCCAUGCUGGUCAACCUGGACCACAACUCUGCCCACCAAUAUCAUCACACAUUAUACCAGGCCAAGGGAGAGAAGGUGGCCAACUCGCGCAAACGGCAGAUGGAAAAUGCUGACGCUGAGAGAGAUAUCUACGAUGAGCUUCUCACCCAGGCUGAAAUCCAGGGCAAUGUUAACAAAGUCAAUGUGGACAAUGCCUUAAGUGCUGCUGAACAGGCGUUGCUGAGCGGGGAUGAGGAUAAGUUAUACGAGGUAUUGAAGGCCAUGGGCAUCCAGAACCUGCUGGCCCAGAACAAAGGCUGGUACCUGAAACAACUCCAGGGUGACAGAGAGAACAAAGAACUAGCAACUCCAGGCCAAGCACUGACGAAGGAUGAGCUCCAGGCUGGUGUGGACGUGGCGAAUGACAUAGCAGAAAGCUACUUAAAAAUGUUAAAGGCAGUGGAGCGUAUCAACUUUGCCAUUAGGGAAGAUGUACCAGAGGUGACUGUGGAGGAGCUGAUGAACCCUGACGCUCAGCUUCCUGAAGUCUAUCCCAGUGCUGCAAAUCUCUACCAGCGAGAGCUGGCCAGCUUGCAGCAGCAAAGCUCAGAGAGCUCUCUAUCCCAUCCAGAGCUGCUUGUUGCAGUUGAGAUGCUGUCAUCAGUGGUGCUGAUAAAUGAGGCAGUCGACGUUGGAGACCGGGCCACCCUGUGGAGACAACUGUCUAGCUCCAUCACAGGGCUUAGUAAUGUUGAGCCUGAAUAUGCACAAAGGUACAUGGAUGAGUUGAUUCGUCUAAAGGCAGCAGCCAGGGAAGAGGGUUGUGAUUAUCUCACCUGGAAUGACAUACAAGCCUGUAUUGACCAGGUCAACAUGUCUGUGCAGGAGGAGCAUGAACGUAUUGCAGCUAUCGGACUGAUCAAUGAGGCGUUGGAUGAAGGGGAUCCUAUGAAGACCUUGGCCAUGUUGCAGAACCAGUCAGCCAAGCUCACAGAUGUGGAACCAUUUGUGGCUCAGCACUACCACGACAAACUGCUGGAGGCCCGCAGGGAGAAGGCUCAUGAGACGCAAGAUCCUUCUGCUGUGCUUUGGCUGGAUGAGAUCCAGGAUGCUAUUCUCCAGGCUAACCAGGACACAAAGGACGCCUUGUUGUUCUCUCAGUCUAUCCACACCAUAAAUGAGGCGGUGGAUAAUGGCGAUGCAGCUGAGACUGUCACAGCUCUGCGUAACUCUGGGGCAGGACUGUAUGGAGUCACCUCUGAAUGUGCGCAGACCUAUCAGGAGGACUUGGCCAACAUUAAAGAAGUAAAGAAGAAAGAUGGUGAUAACGGCAGUGAAUGGGUACAACACUGGGUGAAGGGUGGACACAACUACUAUUACAACCUGAAUACAAAAGAGGGUACCUGGGUGGAACCAGAGGGUUUCCUACAAAACAACACACAGCUCAACAAGGAGGACAUUCAGUCUGUAGUUUCAGGGGUAACCACAGCAUACAAUCGAGAGCAGCUGUGGCUGGCGAACGAGACUCUCAUUACCAAGCUGCAAGCUCGUUGUCGUGGCUACCUGGUGAGGAAAGGCCUCAAGGAGCGGAUGAACUUCCUAAAAUCACAAGAGCCAGCUGUUACACAAAUACAGGCUCACUGGAAAGGCUACAAACAGAGGAAGGAUUUCAAGGAACGUAAGAAGUAUCUAGAAGACCACAGUGACAAUGCUGUAAAGAUCCAAUCAAUGGUUCGAAUGCAUCAAGCUCGUAAAAAGUACAGGGAUCGGCUAAAGUACUUCAAGGAUCACAUCAAAGAUGUGGUGAAGAUUCAGGCUUUUAUCAGAGCCAAUAAGGCCAGGGAUGACUACAAGACGCUGAUCAAUGCUGAAAAUCCUCCGAUGGCGGUGGUGAGGAAGUUCGUCCACCUAUUGGAUCACAGUGACCAGGACUUCCAAGAGGAGUUGGAGCUGAUGAGGCUCCGCGAGGAGGUGGUCACCAACAUCCGCUCCAAUCAGCAGCUGGAGAAUGACCUGAACCUGAUGGACAUCAAGAUUGGUCUGCUGGUGAAAAACAAAAUCACCCUGCAGGAGGUGGUGUCACACAGCAAGAAGCUGACGAAGAAAAACAAGGGUCAGCUGUCCAACAUGAUGAUGAUGAACAAACACAGAGGAGGUCUAAAGGCCCUAAGCAAGGAGAAGAGAGUCAAAUUGGAAGCUUACCAGCACCUCUUCUACCUAUUGCAGACCAAUCCCACAUAUCUUGCCAAGCUGAUUUUCCAGAUGCCUCAGAAUAAAUCAACAAAGUUUAUGGAUUCUGUAAUCUUCACCCUAUAUAAUUACGCCUCAAACCAGAGAGAGGAGUACCUGCUGCUCAAGCUCUUUAAGACUGCCCUGCAGGAGGAAAUCAAGUCAAAAGUUGACCAGAUGAAGGAGAUUGUCACAGGAAAUCCAACUGUCAUAAAAAUGGUGGUAAGUUUCCACCGAGGUGCGAGGGGCCAGAAUGCACUGAGACAGAUCUUGGCACCGGUUGUGAAGGAGAUCAUGGAUGACAAAACGCUUAACGUCAAGACUGACCCAGUGGACAUCUAUAAGAGCUGGGUCAACCAGAUGGAAACCCAGACCGGAGAGGCCAGUAAGCUGCCUUAUGAUGUAACACCUGAGCAGGCAAUGUCCCAUGAAGAAGUUCGGAACAGACUAGAAGCCUCCAUCAAGAGCAUGAAGGCGAUCACUGACAAGUUCCUUUCUGCUAUAAUUGUCUCUGUAGAUAACAUUCCCUACGGGAUGCGUUUCAUCUCCAAGGUCCUUAAAGACACCCUGCAUGAGAAGUUCUCAAAUGCUACAGAGGAUGAACUGCUUAAGAUCGUGGGGAACCUUUUGUAUUACCGUUACAUGAACCCGGCAAUUGUUGCCCCCGAUGCCUUUGAUAUCAUUGAGAUGUCGGCAGGUGGUCAGCUAACUACUGAACAACGCCGGAACUUGGGCUCUGUAGCCAAAAUGCUGCAGCACGCUGCCUCCAACAAGAUGUUUCUUGGCGAUAAUGCCCACCUGAAUCCCAUCAAUGAAUAUCUUGGCAACUCUUAUCAAAAGUUCAGGCGGUAUUUUUUGACAGCAUGUGAUGUCCCCUUGCUUGAAGAUAAAUUCAAUGUGGAUCAGUACUCUGACCUGGUCAAUGUCACCAAACCUGUUAUUUACAUCUCCAUUGGAGAGAUGAUAAACACGCACACACUGCUUCUGGACCAUCAGGAUGCCAUUGCUCCAGAGCACAAUGAUCCCAUCCAUGAGCUUCUGGAGGACUUGGGAGAGGUUCCCACUGUAGAGUCUCUCAUUGGUGAAAAUCCUCUUCCUCCUGGUGACCCCAACAAAGAGCUGAUGGGCAAAACUGAGGUUUCACUUACACUGACAAACAAAUUUGAUGUCCCCGGUGAGGCCAAUAGUGAAGUGGAUGCCAAGACCCUCCUACUCAACACCAAAAGGCUGAUUGUGGAUGUGAUCCGGUUCCAGCCUGGGGAGACUCUGACUGAGAUACUGGACUCAUCUGCUGGUCCAGAGCAGGAAGCAGACUACCAGCGUGCGAUGCAGAGGAGGGCCAUCCGUGAUGCUAAGACUCCAGAGAAAAUAAAGCAGGUCAAGCCAGUGGUGGACGACAGCCUAACAUUACAGGGAAAAAAGGAGAAGAUCAGGAGUAACCUACAACUACUAGCAGAGCUUGGCAGAGUUAAUCCUGAGAACCGCUAUCAGGACCUCAUCAAUGACAUAGCCAAGGACAUCAGAAAUCAGAGACGUUAUCGCCAACGCAGAAAAGCUGAACUCGUAAAACUCCAGCAAACAAACACUGCGCUGAAUUCAAAGACCAAGUUUUACAAUGUGCAGAUCGAUUCAUACAAUCAGUAUAUUAAGACGUGCAUGGACAACUUGGCCAGCAAGGGCAAGCUGUCAAAGCCUGGUGUCAACAAGGCCAAGAAAAGUAAACAAGUUUCACAGAAAUACACUGCCUCACGUCUAUAUGAGAAGGGGGUACUGCUUUCAGUAGAGGAUCUCCAGCCUAACCAGUUCAAGAAUGUUAUUUUUGAGAUUUCUCCAGCCGAGACUGUUGGAGUGUUUGACGUGAAGGCCAAGUUUAUGGGAGUACACUUGGAGACGUUACAGUUAGAAUAUCAGGAUCUACUCCAACUGCAGUACGAAGGCGUGGCAGUGAUGAAACUCUUCGACAGGGCGACAAUAAAUGUCAACCUGCUCAUUUUCUUGCUCAACAAGAAAUUUUACGGGAAAUAGAGAAAACAGUUUAUAAAAGGCAACAGACUGAUUAGACCACAAAGCAGGCUGGCUGAAAGCCUUGAUCUAAACGGCUAUUUCUGUCAAACACUUUCCCCGAUGUACUUGUCUUAUGUGCCUUUGCAAAUAUAUUUUAAUAUGUACAUCACCACACAUGCUUGGUUCCUGAUGGGACACUCCCUUUGUGGCAAUCAGGCCAACAACAACACCAAUAUUUGCUUGAGUCUUUCUUGUAACUGCAGCCACGGCAGAUGUUAAAGAGUUGUAUUUGUUCUCUUUAAAUAUUAUUAAUAUCUUGUGCACAGGUUUUGAACACAUAAAAUGGUUGUUUUACGUAAAGAGAUUGUGUUUUUAUUUGCCGGAUAUCGAUUUGCUGACCUGAAUGAGAGUCUUGAUAAGCAGCUCUUCGACCAAUGCUGAUGUGCUUGCAAUUUUUUCAGCACGGCUGUGGAAGAAGUCUUAUCCUAGACUUCUAUCUGGGUAUUUUUACAUUUUGUAUUACUUUUUAAAUAUAUUCAAAAGAAACCUGAAAAGAGGAUUUUUAUGCAUUAUGUCGCCCCCCCCCCCACUAUAUUCAGAGAUUAGUUUGAUCUACCUCACCUUAUGUGGAAAAAGAUUUUCCAUCGCGACAUAAAGUGACAUUUGAUAAGAUGGGAAAUCUGGCCCAUCCAAUAGGUUUAAGAAAAUCUGUUUAGGCGUAAACCUUCAAUCUAAUUAGCCAGACUACAAAAUAAUAAAUAAAUAAUAAAUGUAGAUGAAGGUGAAAAAUGAAAGCUCCUUACUGAAGAUUUGUGGCCUGAUGUUUUCCUGACAGCUUCUGCCUUGGGUUACUUUUUUCAUCCAGAAUUUUUUUUUUUCUGGUUUUGAAAGUCAUCAGGGCUCAACAUUCCUGCACUUCCUUAUAUUGCUUCAUUUGUUUGUUUGUUUUUGGCAUUUGUUACAUUGGAUUCGAUUUAUUUUCCAAUCUCAUGUUGUUCAUUUGUCCUAUAAGGGAACCAUGAUCAUCAUGUUACAAAAGUAAAUAAUGUUUUUCUGUACAACUUAAAAAUGCAAUGCAAAUAAUAAUAAUAUUUUUUUUUUUUUUAAAGGACCCUUGAUUACCUUUUAUUUUUGUCAGUCGGCAUUAUGCCAUCAUUUAUGUUUGAAAAGCUUACAUGCUGUAGAUCACGUACAUUUGAAAUGGAGGAUGUGCACUCUUACAGUGAGAUUCUCGCUCUCUCUCCCCCUCCCCCUGCCCCUCCCUCUCCCCCUCCCUCCAUAUAUACGUGAGGGAUCAAGGUGCCUUUCAUUCCACUUCGACUUUAUGACUCAAUUUUUAGUAUGAUGUAGUGUCGUCCUGAUGAGAGGCAAAUGCUCUUCUGCAAAUACAGUUCAAUGUAUUUUGUGUCUUGUGUUAGAAUAAAGCUCAUAAUUAUUA